AUGGACAACGAAGACGAUGACCGCAAAAAAACUAAGUCGUCUUCCAAAGAAAUUGGUAAUUCCGAUGACAAGGAAACCAAGACUUCAACGAAAUCAUCGACAAAGCCGUCAGCCAAAGAUUCUAGUCCUGAUGACGAUGAUAAGAAAACUGAAACUAAAACGUCUACAAAGCCAUCGGAAAAGUCAUCAUCCAAAGGUUCCGGUUCCGGUGUUGAAGACGAUAAGAAAAGUGAAACCAAGACUGCUACAAAGUCAUCGACAAAACCAUCAUCCAAGGAUGCUGGUUCUGAUGCUGAAGAUGAUAAGAAAAGUGAAACCAAGACGGCGACCAAGUCGUCAUCUAAAGAUGUCGAUUCCGGUGAUGUAGACGAUAAGAAAAGUGAAACCAAGACGGCGACCAAGUCGUCAUCUAAAGAUGUCGAUUCCGGUGAUGUAGACGAUAAGAAAAGUGAAACCAAGACUGCGACCAAGUCGUCUAAAGAUGUCGAUUCCGGUGAUGUAGACGAUAAGAAAAGUGAAACCAAGACGGCGACCAAGUCGUCAUCUAAGGAUGUCGAUUCCGGUGAUGUAGACGAUAAGAAAAGUGAAACCAAGGCGUCUACAAAGUCAUCGACAAAGCCUUCAUCGUCCGAUGCUGAAGGUGAUAAGAAAAUCGAAACAAAGACGUCUACAGAGCCAUCGGAAAAGUCAUCAUCCAAAGAUGCUGGCUCUGAUGCUGAAGGUGGUAAGAAAAGUGAAGCCAAGACGUCUACAAAGUCAUCAUCCAAAGAUGCUGGCUCUGAUGCUAAAGGUGGUAAGAAAAGUGAAGCCAAGACGACGAAGGCGUCUACAAAGUCAUCAUCCAAAGAUGCUGGUUCUGAUGCUGAAGGUGAUAAGAAAAGUGAAAUCAAGGCGUCUACAAAGUCAUCGACAAAACCAUCAUCCAAAGAUGCUGGUUCUGAUGCUGAAGGCGAUAAGAAAAGUGAAACCAAGACGUCUACAAAGUCAUCAUCCAAAGGUACUGGCUCCGAUGCCGAAGACGAUAAGUCCACAAAGUCAUCGACCAAGCCAUCACCCAAAGGUGGUGAUAAGGAAUCGGGCAAAGAUGAGAUCAGCGAGAGAAAAUUACCCGGUAAGUCAUCGGGAGGGGACAAAACAGGGAAGAAGGAUGAAGUGCCGUCGACUAGUGAGCUGAUGAGUAGCGCGAAGGUAAUAGCGUCAGCAGCGCAGGGGGAGAAGGUGGAGAAGGCCGAGUUGGCCGGGGCGGCGAGUAACCUUCUCGGCGCGGCCAACCAUUAUGGCAAACUUGAGGAGAGUGGGAUGGGCAAGUAUCUGACUAAGGCCGAGGAUAUGCUUCGUAAGAUGGGUCAGAAAUCUGAUUCCGAGUCUGACGCUAGUGCUGGUAAGACUAAGAAGAAGACUAGUAAGGACGACGAAGAUGACGAGCCAAAGAAAUCAGGGAAGAAGCCAGCUGCCAAAGAUGAUGAGGAAGAAGAAGGUGGUGGAGGGUUUGGAGAUUUCAUGAAGAUGGCCAAAGGUUUCUUGAAGGGUUGUCGGAGCGCGUAGCUGGGCAGCGUUGUUGGUGCAAUAGUGGUAGAGGUAGCGGUGUUUAGGUUCCUGGUUUGGCCGAUCUGCGGCGGUGGAGGCGUGGUUGCGGAUGUCCCGAGCCAGACGGCUGACAGUGCUAUGGUGAUGCUGAGGAGGGAGCCUUCUCACUUAGGUUUGCAUUGGGCGAAGGGGUGCACCUGUCUUAGUUGAGGCCUGAGAGAGUUUGAUCAAUCUCUGCUUCGAACUGCUAGGGUUCUUGUUAGAAUAAAAGUUUAAGGCUAGCUUCCUUGUAAAGGUGGGUUCUUUUUUGUUUUA